CUUGUUUUGUUUCUUGACAUUACAAAAAUAUCAUUAAUAUUGCUUUAUAGUAUAGUUUAACAGAACACUAAUUGUUUUCUUCAGUCAGAGAUCAACUGCAUUAAUUUCAUAAUUUGGUGUAAACUUUUAUAAAAAAUGUCGCAGUGUCAUCUCUCGCAUAAAAUACCUUGGAAUAUUUUAGAAAACAGUUUAAAAACUGACAAAUCAAGCAUAAUUCUUCCAGUAGGAGAUUGUGGAAGAAUACAUUGCAGAGAUCGUAAAACAGAAAUUAAAGUUCAAAAUAGAAAAUUUAUUAAAACGGAGUUCAUAUGUCAAGACAAAGGGUGCGAAACAACAGGCACGGGUUACUUUAGUAAAAACAAAAUGCUGCCAGCAAGUUUAAGUGCUAGAAAAGUUAUUGAGAAUAACCAAUGGAAACAACUGCAGUAUUUUUGCAAAAAAUUCACCGAAACUGUUUUCGAAUUUAUAGAAAGUGAAAAAGCGAAAGCUAAUGAUGUGUGUGACUUCUACAUAAAAACUUGUGACUUAAACAGCUUUUUAGAUUCUGAUGUACCAUGUACUGAAUGUUAUGGCAGGUGCCGCGAUGAUGUUUGUGAUAAUUUUAUUGUAUUUAGUUUAUUUAUUUCUGGAAAGGUUAAUAUUUUGCUUAAGCUUGAUCAAAUAGGUAGAGUAAAUGUCCGAAAAGCUUUAAAUCAAAAUUAUGGUGGCCAGGCUGUUGGAAAUGGAUUCAGGUUCUUAAUGGAUUACCACAUUUUACCUUUCUACUUAAUAACAAAUGUCAUUAUUGCAUGUAAUUUCCAAGAAGAUUCUACAAAAUGGGGUAUUUUACGUCCAUAUUCGGGUUAUAAUUUAUUUUCACGAAUUCAAUAUGAUUGUGAUUACAAGACAUUUAUACCAAAUUUAAGACAUUUACUUCAAAAGAACACCUUUAUGAAAAAUGCCGAUGCAACUCAUAUUUUAUUGAAGGAGUGUUUUAAAUGCAUUUACCAAUAUGUAUAUUUGAAAAAUGUAAUGCUUAACUUUUCUAAAAAAGAUUUUUAUGAGCAAUUAGAACAAGAAUUAAUGUAUUUACUCCAAAUUAAAUACGAAUAAAAAUUUCAAGUCAUUACUUUUUCUUAACAAA